AUGUACAAGAGGAUCGAUGAAGAUACGGGGAAAUUGUCAGAAGAGUUCAUAGCGGGGGUGGAUCAAUUUAUGACAUUUGCGAGCAGUCAGCCUCUAGCACAGAGCAAUAGCGGAACAAGUUAUGUUGACCCGACACAUUUAAGUGGUAGUGAAAAAGUAAGUAAUGAAGAUAAUAAUUAUGUUGAUAUGGUGAAUGAUGCAUUUCGGGAUAAUGUGAGUUUUGAUAACUAUCAACAAGAUGAUAGUUAUCAAAAUGUAGUAGACCCACAACGCAACCAUUCGAAGAAGUUCUACGAUUUGUUAGAAGGAGCACAAAAUUGUUUGUAUGAUGGUUGUCGUGAAGGGCAGUCGCAGUUAUCCUUAGCUGCUCGGGUCUUGCAAAACAAGGCAGAUUAUAAUCUGAGUGAAAAGUGUGUAGAUUCAGUAUGUCAAAUGUUGACAGACUAUUUACCAGAAGGAAACACGGCAACCGAAUCACACUACGAGACCGAAAAGUUGAUGCGGAAUUUAGGGCUCCCAUAUUAUACAAUUGAUGUUUGUGUUAACAAUUGUAUGAUCUUCUGGAAAGAAGAUGAAAGAUGGGAAAAGUGUCAAUUUUGUGGUGCGGACAGAAGGAAGCCUAAGGACAAAAGACGUAGAACCAAGGUACCAUAUAGUCGUAUGUGGUAUCUACCUAUAGCUGAUAGGCUGAAGAGAAUGUAUCAGAGCAAGAAGACAGCAGCGGCAAUGAGAUGGCAUGCUGAGCACCAAUCAAAAGAGGGAGAAAUGUGUCAUCCAUCUGAUGCGGCAGAAUGGAAACAUUUUCAAGAGAUGCAUCCCCAGUUUGCCGAAGAACCUCGCAACGUUUAUCUUGGAUUAUGUACAGAUGGAUUCAAUCCAUUUGGGAUGUCUCGUAAUCAUUCGUUGUGGCCUGUGAUCUUAACUCCAUAUAAUCUACCCCCUGAUAUGUGCAUGAAUACAGAGUAUUUGUUUCUUACAAUUCUGAAUUCUGGGCCAAAUCAUCCACGAGCUAGUCUUGAUAUCUUCCUCAAACCUUUGAUUGCGGAGUUAAAAGAAUUGUGGUCAACUGGAGUCGAAGCAUAUGAUGUGUCUUUAAAUCAAAAUUUUAAUCUAAAAGCCGUGUUACUGUGGACGAUAAGCGACUUUCCGGCGUAUGGCAUGCUAUCAGGAUGGACGACCCAUGGUAAAUUGUCUUGUCCAAUUUGCAUGGAAGAUACAAAGGCUUUUUAUCUGACUAAUGGAAGGAAGACGUGUUGGUUUGAUUGUCACCGAAGAUUUCUUCCUCCUAAUCAUCCACUGAGAAAGAAUAGAAAGGAUUUCUUGAAGGGGAAAAACGCGGUAAAUGAAGAUCCACCUGAUUCUUUAACUGGUGAACAAGUUUAUUCAGAACGAUUAAAGGGUGUCAAUCCUCCAAAAACGUCUGUUUGCGGUGGAAACGGUCAUGAAAAGAAGAAGUCUGGUUAUGGGAAGUACCAUAACUGGCACAAGGAAAGCAUAUUUUGGGAGUUGCCAUACUGGAGGGACCUAAUUCUCCGACAUAAUCUUGAUGUGAUGCAUAUAGAGAAGAAUUUUUUUGACAACAUCAUGAAUACUCUUAUGAAUGUUAAGGGUAAAUCGAAAGACACAAUCAAUUCAAGAUUGGAUAUGGAAAUAUUUUGUGAUCGGCCACACUUACAUCUUGAUGGUUCUGGUCAAGCUCCAUUUCCUCCCUACACACUAAACGAAGACGAAAGGAGAAGUUUAUUGGAAUGCGUGAAACAUGCGGUUAAAUUCCCAGAUGGAUAUGCUUCAAACUUAGCUAAUUGUGUUGAUAUAGAAAACAACAAAUUUUCUGGCAUGAAGAGUCAUGACUGCCAUGUUUUUAUGGAGCGGCUACUUCCAUUUAUCUUUUCAGAACUCCUUGACCAGAAUGUUCAUCUUGCGUUAUCAGCAAAAGCCAAGAACAAAAGAUUUGCGGCCGGCUCGAUUGUCGAAUCAUAUAUCAACGAGGAGAUAGCUUACUUCUCAGAACACUACUUUUCUGAUCAUAUACAAACCAAAUCAAGGUUCACAAGAUUUGAUGAAGGUGAAGUCCCCGUAUAUCAUGUCCCUGGAGUACCUGAUAUAUUUACGCACGUAGGACGUCCAAGUGGAGAAAUACAAGAAAUAUGGCUUUCCGAGAAAGACUAUAGAUGCGCACAUGCAUAUGUUUUACGCAAUUGUGAUUAUUUUCAGCCACUUGAGAGGAUGUUUGAAGAUUUUCUUAAUGCAAAAUAUCCAGACCUCUCCGAAAAAGACCUCUCUGUGAAGAGAGCUGACGAAUAUCAUAUAUGGGUGAAAGAUUAUGUUAGCUAUUGGAGCAACACACAUAAUUUUCCUGUGUGGGUUAAAGAUAUUUCGAAUGGACCCCUGACUAGGGCCAGAACAUGGCCCAUGUACUUCACAAAAGGCUAUUUGUUCCAUACGCAGAAGCAUGGCGAGGGAAGAAAGACAUGUAACUAUGGUGUGAGUGUUAAAGGAGAAAGUUACACAAAUGCAUCCGAUGAAGCCAAUUACUACGGGAUAUUGACUGAUAUCAUACAAAUUCAGUAUGAGGGAUCGGUCAAUUUGAAAAUCACACUUUUUAAGUGUAAGUGGUAUGAUCCGGUAAUUGGUAGAGGCACUCGACGGAGAAAUGGAGGCAUCGUCGACGUUCUUUCAUCGCGGAAAUACUAUAAAUACGAACCAUUUAUUCUAGCGUCUCAAGCAGAUCAAGUUUGUUAUAUACCGUAUCCGUACGUUAAGAAACCAAAGCAGUCGUGGCUCAAUGUUUUAAAAGUGAAUCCAAGGAGAAUCAUUUCAGGAGAAUAUGAAGAUAAAGAACCGACACUGUUGCAACAAGAAAAUGAUGAUGCUGUUUUAAUGACUACAAUUGAAGAACUUGCAGUCGACCAUUUGGUUCAUGCUCGGGUACAACCUAUAAAUCUUGAUAUUGAUGUGGAAGAUGAUGAACCAGAGGAUGAAUUCCAGUGUAAUGUAUCAUCGUCUUCUUCUGAUGAUGGAGAUGGAGAAGAACCCUAUUAA